AUGUCUCCCCCUAGUGGUGAGUCGUCUGGCAGCGUGGAAAUUGCGAUGGCUGAAGCAUGCUCAACAAGCGUGAGGCAGGAGAUAUUGAAUGCAGAAGAGGUGUUAGAUCGACUAGAUGAGUCUGACAUUGACCUUUCUGGAUCCGAAGAUGAUAUGGAAGAAGAAUACGAUUCAAAUUCCUACAGUAUCAAUAACAGACUGGUAGUUUCGACCAGCAAUGAAGACGUGGAAGAAAGUGAGGAGCCAGCUGAUGCUGUAAACAGUAGUAAGCAACAGGAGAAAAAGUUCAAAAUAAAGUGGCAUUCGCCAGAUAGAAAUCCAUUUCAGCCUCGAUUUCUGACCUGGCAAGAAAGGCCAAUUGCUGCUGAUCCUCUAGAUACACCUGCAAAAUAUUUUUUCAACUACUUCCAACCAGAACUAUUUCAACUUUUUGCGGAUCAAACAAAUAUUUAUCACUUGCAAGCAAAGGGCAGAAUUCUUGGUACCAAUUCAGUCGAAAUAUGUCGCUUUUUUGGGGCGUCGAUUGUGAUGGCUAACUUGGGUUUCCCACGACUUCGGAUGUAUUGGCAAAAAGUGAAUCGUGUUGACAAAAUUGCUGAAUCCAUGCCCGUUAAUAGAUACUUCCUGCUUCGUAAUAGCUUACACGUGAAUGCGGCUAGACAACCUCCUACUGGAGAAAAUUGUAAACCCAAUCCUGUUGGUCUCAAGAAUUUUGUUAUUUGUGGUAAAUCUGGGCGAGCAGUCGAUUUUGAAAUUUAUCAAGGUGCCGGCACAGGAAUUCCGGAUGAAACUAAGCAUCUUGGUCUUGGUGCAUCUGUGGUUCUACGCUUGGUGGAUACCAUACCAAAACAAAAGAACUACAAAAUUUGUUUUGACAAUUAUUUUACCGGAAUUCCACUGAUAAGAGAAUUAAAAUCAAGAGGCAUUCAUUCACUUGGAGUUGUUAAAAGCAAUCGACUGAUGGGGUGUGAACUAAAAUCUGAAAAAGACCUCAAGAAGAAAGGAAGAGGUGCAAUCGAUUACAAGGUAUCAGACAAAGGUGAUAUUUGUGUAGUCCGUUGGAUGGAUAAUGGCGCUGUAACACUUGCUUCAAGCUUCGCUGGCGUUGACGAAAAGGAUCAGGUGCGACGGUGGAGAGCCAGCACAAAAGAACACAUCAUGGUAGAAAGGCCAAAAUGUGUUCAGGUGUACAACGAUAAUAUGGGUGGAGUCGAUAAACUAGAUUUCCUCAUUUCGCUGUACAGGACCAAAGCUUAA